UGCAAGUGGCGGAGAAAGCGUUGUCGUCUGCACGGGGUUCUGUCCUAGCCGGUUGUGGGGAGUGGCCCCUAGGUUAAAGGAGAGGGUGGGGAGGCUGAAGAGCAGAGACUUUUACAUUUGUUUCAUUAAGUCCCGUGCCCGGCGGGCGCGAAGAGGCCGGAAGUUGCACCUCUAGCUGUGUAACCGCUCAGGUUUGGGGAGUGCAGGAGGGUCCCCGGUUAUCUCGGGAAUCUAGAGGAGCUGCCUGGCGAAUUGCGCGAUGAUGGUUCCCAGAAAGGCGAAGCCAGGGCCUCGUCCUCUGAGCAUUUGGCACGUUUGCCCGUGGCCUCAGUUUGCAGCCCUGUUCUCCAUCUGGUGCCUUAAAGUCAGGGACAGUGUUUUACCUACCCUGACUUUAACAAACUUGGCUGGGGCCUGGUGCUCAGCAAACAUCCCAUUGUGAAUAACACUUUGAUUCAUUCACAAAUAUUUACUCCACUCUUGUCAGGUAACUCGCAGUGUCCUCGGCGUUGGGGAUACAGCAGUGAACAAAACAGCUGAUACAGAUCAAUCUAAAGUCAGCAGUCAAUCAAGUAUUUUAUUGGGCCUGUUUGGAUUUAUCUUGAUUGGAUUUGUCUGUGCUUCCUGAACUUGCAUUACUUUUUCCUUCACCCAGUUCUCCUGGUGCACGUAGGUGAGAGAUUCUGUGGGGUACCUGCCUAUGAAUGAAAUUGCCAGCUUGAAAGGAAUUUCUUCACAUGGCUUCCGAAGAAGUGACCGUCACAAUUCGCCUGAUUCGUUCAUUUGAACAUCGAAAUUUCAGACCUGUGGUAUAUCAUGGAGUUAAUUUGGACCAAACUGUAAAGGAAUUUAUAGUAUUUCUAAAGCAAGAUGUUCCUUUGAGGACCAGCCUGCCACCACCAUUCAGAAAUUAUAAAUAUGAUAAAUUAAAGAUUAUUCAUCAAGCACAUAAAUCAAAGACAAAUGAAAUUGUGAUGAGUUUGGAAGAUGACGACAGACUCUUAUUGAAAGAAGACAGUACUCUGAAAGCAGCUGGAAUUGCCAAUGAAACUGAAAUUGCAUUCUUCUGUGAAGAAGAUUAUAAGAACUACAAAGCUAAUCCCCUUUCAUCCUGGUGAAAACCUCAUGGGGGCUUCCUUUUUGCAUACCUAUAUUAAGCUCUUUAUUCCACUAGUGAGUUUUGAAAUUGAGAAAUAAACUUUAAAAAUUAA